UUUGGUGCAAGGUGCUCGUGGUUCCGUUAUGAAGAAAUCCCUGAAGGCGGUGCUGGAACUCUUCGUGCUGGUGGCUAGUGCCUCGCGCAAAGUCAGAGGAGAAAGUGAGGUCAAUCAUGUUUCACAAAAUAUGGGAGAAGAUGGCUACGUGUUUGAGUACAGCGUGGUCGACGGCGACUCGUCUUGGGUGCAGAGCCAUGGUGAGUGGAGCGACGGCGUCUCUACUCACGGGUCCUACAAUGUUAAGCUUCCGGACGGCCGCAUCCAGAAGGUCACCUACACGGCGGACGAACACGGCUUCCGACCCGUCAUCUCCUACGAGAGUCCUCUGAGGGGAUACGGCUGGAGGCACCACGUAGGCCUGGGCGACGCGGAUGACUACUACGGCAGCGACGAGGACUCGGCGGGCAGGAACGUCUUCCGGUACGAGGAGAACGACUUCGAAGCCGACGAAUUGUACGACCCCCUGCCUCCUCCGUUUUACGAAAUGACGAGAUCGUACGACGUUCCCGGAGCUUACGAUAUGCACGAAUCUAGCGAGAAGAGCGAAGAGGAAGUCAAGUCUACCGGAAAAGGUUAUUCCUCUUCUUACGCCCUUCCCGCACGUAAGAGAGUUGGGCAUCCGUCCUACCACGCGGUCAACAAAUACCAGCAAGGACCUGCGAGACAUUCCAAGUACAACCACAAGAAGGCGAAAGAUUUUGGCGGGAAAUAUCCCGCGCAAAAGGCAAAAACUUACUACGUAAACGAUUCGGGGAAAGAAGCCUACAUGAGAGACUCAAGCGAAGAGAAAGAUACGAAAGACACGAAAGACGUUCAUCGCGGAGAUUCUAAGGGGAGUCAAGACAUGGAAGAGAACAAUACAGCAAUGGAGGUCAUGGACGAUGAAGACGAGUCUACUGAAAUGGCUUCUUUCACCCCUAGGCCUAAGUCGUCCUAUCAAGUUUUAUCCGGCGACUCUGAAAAAAUGAAGGAAAUGGUGGGGAAACCAGACAAAGAUGAUAAACAUUACAUGGACAAAGAAAUGAAAGGAAAGGAAGAAAGCUCGAGGAAAUAUCCACUGGACACGCUAGCGAAGAAAGCGCAGAGGAGGCGGAGGAGGCAUCCGAAGAGAAAUCACAAUACGUCGCCAAAAUGACCUCCAUGAUGCCCCCAGACAAGCCGUAUGUCCCCCCGACGUACUUCUCCAUUCCCUCUUCAGGCGGUUCCUCGGAGGAGUCGAGCAUCGAGUCUUCCUCCUACGUUUCACCCACGACGCCGAUGCCGCCACCUGAAGAGGAGAAGAAGCCUUCUCUACCGUCAGGGACGGACCCUCAUUCCUCUUACAACCCAACCAAGGGCAUGAGUCCCCCAACGGCGAACGUCAUUCCGCCGUCUAAUUACCCGCCAUUCCAGUCCCCAUACACCUACCACCCCCCACACCAUCAUUCCUAUCACCACCACCACCCACACCCCCAUCACAUGCCGCCAUAUUCCUUCACUCCGAUGACACCGGUAUACCACCACCCUUACUCGCAUCACCACUACCCACCGCCGUCCCGUUACCCCUACCCAUACGUGAUGGGGGACGCCAUGCACCACUCCCCCCCUCCAACCGCGCUCUACGUCGCGCCUCCUGCAGGAGUCUCAGAUGCAGAAUAAAGAAGAAGAACAUUAGCUUUAGGAUGUAAGGUCGUCCGGGAUUUCUGCGCGCCAAAAUCAUCCGACUCAGUUCGAGACGAAGCGAGUUCUAUCGCCACUGUCGUUCAAAGGUUUGCUUUUAUGGUUAUUUUGUUGUUUUCUGAGCAAGAAUACGUGUAUUUCUAUUAAACAGUAAAAGGUUCAA